GCAUCACUGCUCCUCUUACAAGGAACGGAACGGAAAAAGAAACGGCGGGUGCCGAUCAAGCGUCGCAUUUCAUUCUUCAAGUUCCUUGAGCGCGUUAUUUUGUUAAAAUCCUGUGAAAAACAUUGAAAAUGAGUGAAUUUAUCCCUUGCUUGAAUUUUGAGCACUUCAUGGUGGCACUACAGGAGCGUUAUCAGCAACAGCAAUAUCCCGCCACUUCAUCUGGGCGGUCAAACUCGCAACGUUAUGGAUUUCAAAAGAAAAGAACAAUAGACGGACGCAUAGUCAAAAGCAAGUGGAAGAAGACGAGCUUCCCUCUACUCAAGUUAGCUCAGAAGGAACGCAGAAUAAACGAUCGCAACUACCUUGAGUCAAAAAUCGUACUCAAGAACGCCAUAACCCUUCUCAGGGACCUGCAGGUAACCGACAUCAGCGAAUUUUCUAUACGGAACAAUGAUUUCGUAACGACGGCCGAAAUCUGGGUUAACGGAACUUGUUACGAAGCCUGUGCUCCCAAUCGAAAGUUGGCAGAGCAACGUGCUUCGGAAAAAGCCCUUCGCGACGUAUAUUUUGAAAAGGUACGAUGCGGUACCGACAACAAUGAACUAAUGGUGGAUAUGGCUGGUUUCGCUAUUUAUAAACUUCUCAACGAAUGGUUGCCGGAUGGUCUCAAAGUUGAACCCUCUGACGGUUAUGGUGACAUUUCAAAUGAAUCAGGCGAUUGGGUAUAGCUUCAUCGCUCAUUCUCCAUUGUUUUCAGGUUUAUUCUUUUAAAUAUGCUCAACAUAAGGGUUAGGUAAUCGUUUUAUUUGUUCGUUAAGUUUAGCCAAAACGCGGUGGUUGCAAGAGACAUUCUGAGUUUAUUGAGGUGUUGAUUUCGCCUUACUAUUGUUAAACUAUCGAUGCCACAUUUAUUCUCGUAGAAAUGAAUAUUUAAAAUCAAGUCAGAGAUAUCGAAUUGAAAUGCUUCUUUAUCAGAUCGGGUGAUAUGUUUUUAUUCUCUAUAAGAUUCGAUCGAAAUGACAUAAAUAACGAAUAAAUACUUUGGAUAUUAGUUCAUAUUCCUUGUUAUAAGCAUGAAAAGUGUGAUAUAAUUGAAUUAGAAUGAUAAGAUAGUCUCAGAAAGUUGAAUUUAAAUGCAAAUAAGUCAAAGGCAUAUUCCGAAUGUCGUUAAACCGCAUCCUUGAAUAACACUGUUUCCCAUCGAAACCUUAAAAGAUAUGUGAGGUUAAAAUAAAAUUCAUUGUUAGGAAAAACAAAAAUUAAUACGACGCUCACUUUUCUUUUUCAUAACAAAAGUGAAUUGGUACACAAUGUUUUUUUACACGGUUUUUUGCAAUAGCACGUUUUUUGCGGCCUUGGUAAAGUUUGAUGUUUCAGAUUUCAUGUCUCAGGACUGAGUCAGGAGUCAUUUCGGCUCAGAUCUCAAGUCUGAUGUUGCAAGUUUCAUAUCUGAAGUCUCAAGGCUACAUGUCUCCAGAGCUUUGGAGUUAGCCCACGAUUUUUCCAAACUAGCAGGAUUUUAAUUGUACAGUUAUCCGUGUAAAGAAACCAUUGUGUAUGUAUAGAGGUAAAAUCCUAUUAUGCUCUUAAACUAGUUAGAUCAACUAUGGCGUCAGGCGCAGGCAGAAAAAAAAGAUGUGGCUUCAUUUAUGUUCUAUCCACAAAAUCCAGGCGCGAGUAAACGUCAACAUAAACAUAACAAACAUAAAUAAUGCACCCCACUUUCAUAUUCCCAUAAUCGACGCUGAAAAAAUUUCCAUCAUCUGGCGAUGUGAACAAGAAUCCCAGUUUUAGUCGAUUUUUUCAGUUAUUGUGUGUUAUAAUUUCCGCAGUAAUUUGUUUUCUGUUGUGUUGCUUAAGUUUCAAGGUAAUACAAUAGUCCUGAUAACGGUGCAAUAUCAUGCUGGCAAGGCCAAAGCUGAACUGCUGCUGCUAGCUAGUUGAGCUCGGACAAUAGCGUCCAAAUUUGGAGUGGAAAGGUGUUACCACGUCAAGAGAAAUGCACCACCAGACGAUCCUGGCCAAAGGGUCGUCCCAAAGUUGUUGCGAUGGCACUGCCAACGAAGGAACCGAAACCGACGGAUCUCGGCUGAGUGUGAUGGCUAAACAACCUCUGGAUUUUCUUACCCGAACCGAUGAAGGCAACUUUACCGUUACGAACUCUGACAUAGUCUGGACGGUGAUCUCGAUACUCAGCCGAAUCGUCAGCAUACUGCUCAACAUCAAUUUGGCCUACGAUUACUACCGCAAAGGAAAGAUGGACUACUUCAUCUGGACUACUUGCGGAAUCCUGAUACCAGGACUUGUGACGACUACAUUAACCGUCUACAUGUACUUGGAGGACACGAAGGAACACAAAAAGGGUCGCAGAAAAUGCUGUGAGAUUUUAAUAUUCGUAAUAUUGGUACCAUUCUUUUUCCGCUACUGUCAAUCGUUGGCCUAUGCAAUUCAGAGCAAAAUUGCCGAAUCUCGAAAGGAUCGAGAAGCGCAGAAAAAGUACUACGAAUUCAUGAUCCAGGAGGACAGCGACGUUGCACUGGUUCGAAUUUUUGAAUGCCUACUGGAUGCGGCUCCCCAGAAAAUUCUUCAACUAACUAUCGUGAUGUCCGGUGAGGAUCGCAUUACCUGGCCCCAGUUGUUGGCCAUCCUAGGUUCCAUUACCGGCAUCGCUUGGUGCAUGGCAUCCUACUACAGAUGCAUCCGAUUUGCUCAACCCGACAAACGCCAUAUCUCUUGGCUCGGCACAAUCUCACAAAUAAUGUGGCACUUUUCGGUAACAAUGUCCCGCAUUUUAGCCAUCGCCAUCGUAGCCAGUAUAUUCCCGAAAUAUGUGCUCUUUGCCUGCUUCACUCAUUCAUUCGCCAUGACCUUAUGGAUAUUCUUUUUCGACCGAUCACCUUUCUGCAGCACAACGAUGAUGCACAGCUUCCUGUUCUCCCUCAUCCUAGGAGUUGUUUUCAUAUUCACUUACAUCCUGCCACGGGUCGGAAGAACUCUCUACCGAUAUCUGAUAUACUACACCCUUUGUGGCAUCGAAAAUGUAAUUUGCGUCGUUAUCUACCUCCUGUACGUACGAAACACCGUAAUCAAAGAAUCCUACUUGCUGCCAUUACUGUGCUCUGCAUCAAUCAUUCCAUUUGUCUUCGGAAUCUUGAGUAUGAUGUGCUACUACAAAAAUUUCCAUCCAAACAUCAUGUCUCGAAAACAACCAAACCAUGGACAGCAGCCGUCGCAACCCCAAGAGACCUCACCCAGCGAAUGUUGCGGCAGAUCGGAAAGUUCUGCCAGCUCGGAACCAACGGCAGUCAUCAGGAGCAGCAACGAGGCUUCCCGAUAAACGAAGAACCACCACCUAUGACAUCUCAAUCCAAAAAUGAAACCAGUAUUCAAGCAAGGUACCACCUAACAAACUAACAACAGUCGUCCAGUAAGUCAGUAAGUAAGUAGAACAUUUAACGUUUUUUUAUAUGAAAGAAAUGAAUCUGAAAUUUGUUAAUUUGAAACUUUUGACAAGUUAUGAACGUAGGAAUGCAUUUUAAUGCGAUGUGAAACUGUAGACUGACCCAGAUGACCACUCCAAUGAAUACAACCUCUUAAUCUAUAAGUAAUUCAAUAGAAAAAAAAACUUCUCCAAAUAUUUACAGUAUAAGCACAAUUAGGAUACUCAGCAAAAUGUGGAAGGUUGUAUUUGUUGGAAAUAUCCUAGUUAAAAGUGUGUUGAAUGAAUGUGACUGUUUAUUCUUUUUUUUUCUCUCUAUGAAUAAAUCUUGCAUAUACCAUAUCGUU